GACCAGAUAAAAGACGGAAGGUUUUACGAGGAGUGUAUGACGAUCCUCAUCUUGAAGAGAGUGGUUAAUUACUGUAGAUGUAUUCCCUUCCGAUACUCUGCAAAGCAAUUACAAGUGGAAGAUUAUGUCAAGUGUACUUGGGAGAGGCUGAGCUGUAUCUACCAGACUAUAGACAAAGUGAAGAGCAAUAUCCAGGAUAUAGUGUCUCAGAAUCAAUGUCUACAGAAAUGUGACUACAUCCAAUAUGAACAGGAGGUGCAAUAUAUGAGGCAGAACAGACAAUUCAGAAACUUAAGCGAAAGCUACAGCAAAAUCGAUGUCCACUUUUCAUCUGCGACAUGUCUCAAAUAUAAGAGGGAAGUACUCUACUCCUGGGACCAAAUGAUGGCAAACCUUGGAGGGAUCUUCGGUCUUUGUCUGGGAGGUUCCAUCAUCAGCCUGCUCGAGCUUGUCUGGUUCAUCCUGGACUUCAUAUUCACCAUGUGGAAGACUUUAAGGAACAGAAAACCUAGUCCAAUAAAGAAACACGUAUUUGUUGUCUCGCCUAAGUUAGAGAAUAAGUAUCCAAAGUACGAGAAAAG